AUGUUUGGCUCCCUGCACUUCCCUUCAACAACUAGGCAUGCACUAGCUUCAAUCUCAGCAUUUUGAUCCCUUCGCCAGCGCUACGCUUCUUCCCCUCGCGCUGGCUCCUCCUCCGCUCGCGCGCGCCAUGCACGGCCGCGACGUUCGCGUCCCUGUCCUAGUGCUCCUCGCGCUGCUCCGCUUCGCUGCCGCGCAGCCGUGGCCGAAUUGCGACAUUAGAAGCGGCAACUACUCCGCGGGCAGCGCCUACGAGAACAACCUCCUCCAGCUCAUCUACGACCUCCAGUCGAAGGCGUCCUCCUCGCCCACCCUCUUCGCGUCCGGCUCCGCCGGCGCCGGCGCGGGCAGUACCGUGUACGGGCUCGUGCUCUGCCGCGGGGACGUCAGCGCCUCCGACUGCUUCGACUGCGGCACCCACGCCGGCCAGGACGUGGCGCUGAUCUGCAACCGCACCAGGGACGUGGUGCUCUGCUACAACCAGUGCUACGUCCGCGUCUCCGACACUGACUUCCUCGCCUCUGCCAACAAUUCCGGCGAGGUGUACCUCAUCACCGGCACCCACGUUAACAGCGGCGUCGACGUGGCAGCCUUGUUGUUGUACGCGGUUACGGGACUCCUCAAAUCCACCUUGCAGUACGCGGUGGAGAAUUCGACGAGGAUGUUCGCGACGGGGCAGCUGAUGGGGCUCGACCAGAGGAUCCCAAACAUCUGGUCGAUGGUGCAGUGCGCGUCGGACCUGUCCCUGCCGCAGUGCCGGAGGUGCCUCGAGGACCUAAAGGCCCAGUGGUGGAAGGAGUUCCAUCAAAACGGGGAGGGCACGAGGAUGGGUGGCGCGCGGUGCAACAUGAGGUACGAGAUGGGGGACAAAUUCUACGUCGGCGACGCAAUGGUGAAGUUGCAGCUGAAGGGCGGGCUAGUCGCUCUGUCGCCUUCGCCGUCGCCUGCGAGGGUUGUUGUACCCGGCAUUAUGGAAGGUAAAAAUAAUUCAGUUGGCAAACUUCUUGGAAUUAUAUUGCCAAUAGUGUUUGUUGCUGCGGUAGCUGCCAUAACCCUUUAUAUGUGGAAUGUGCGUAAGACGAGAAGAUACCAAAUAACAGAACUUCCCCAUCCAACUCAUAUGGUUGAGGACUUCGAAAGCAUCAAGUCAACCUUGUUAUCUCUGUCAUCACUACAAGUAGCAACAAAUAACUUUGAUGAAAGCAAUAAACUUGGUGAGGGGGGAUUCGGUGCAGUUUAUAAGGGAGAUCUUUCUGGGCAAGAAUUGGCCGUUAAGAGGUUGUCAAAGGGUUCGAAUCAGGGCCUAGAAGAGCUAAGAAACGAGCUAGUUCUGGUGGCCAAACUUCAUCACAAGAAUCUUGUUCGGCUGGAGGGUUUUUGCUUAGAAGAGGGAGAGAGAUUGCUCGUCUACGAGUACAUGCCCAAUAAAAGCCUCGACACCAUUCUUUUCGACGCUGAGGAAAAAAGACAGCUAGACUGGAGGAAACGAUUCAACAUAAUAGAAGGAGUUGCUCGAGGAUUGCAGUAUCUUCACGAAGACUCUCAGAAGAAGAUUGUCCACCGUGACAUGAAAGCAAGCAAUGUUUUGUUGGAUGCAGACAUGAACCCGAAGAUUGGGGACUUCGGCCUAGCCAGGCUCUUCGGGCAAGAUCAGACUCGUGAUGUGACGAACCGCAUUGUUGGGACGUUUGGCUACAUGUCUCCUGAGUAUGUGAUGCGUGGACAAUACUCAACGAAAUUAGACGUGUACAGUUUUGGCAUUCUCGUUAUAGAGAUUGUAACGGGCCAGAGAAACAACGGACAAUACUUUUAUGAGCAAAAUGAAGACAUCAUAAGCAUCGUAUGGAGACACUGGGCCGAGGGAACAAUUGCAGAGAUAAUAGAUGAGUCUUUGGGGAGAAACUACUCAGCAGCCGAGGUGCUAAAAUGUGUUAACAUCGGCCUGUUGUGCCUUCAACAAAACCCGGUCGACCGACCUACAAUGUCUGAUAUCAUGGUGAUGCUGAACUGUGAUACGACCAGUUCUUUGCGUACCCCUGCUAGACCAACAUUCUUCGUCGAGGGAAGCUCAUGUUACUCUUACAAUACAGUUUCACAUUCCUCCCCUGCCCCCAGGUAGCUAGAGGAGGUUAAGGCCUAACGCAGGCCUGUUUGUGGAUUGCGGCAUAUUGUUGCUUAUUUGUUUCAUGUUCUACAGUAAAUAGUUCAGAGCAACCAGUGCAAUUCAUCACCUAAUGCAAUUUGUGCUCACCGUUAGUUUCUUUUACUGUUGUUGCUGUAAGCUUUCAGAAAGUAUAUAUGAAAAUGCCCGUUUAUCUGAAAACAUGUCCCAUUUA